GAAUUUGAAGAAUAUAAACCAACUUCUUUUUGUAACAAAUCUGAAAAAUAUGAACAAACUCUUUUCUAUCAUAAAUCUAAAGAUUUUGAAUCAAUCUCUCUUCCCUUGGAUGAAUCUGAAGCUAGUGAAGCAUCUCUAAUAUGUGCUAGUAAAAGUAAUAUUGUAUAUACAAA